AUGUCCACUCGAGUCUACGUUGGCAAGCUUCCUCCUGAUGUCCGCCGCGGCGACAUUGAGGACCUCUUCCGCGACUACGGCCGCCUCCACGAUGUCCGCAUCAUGGGCUCGUUCGGCUUUGUCGAGUUUGAGCACCCUCGUGACGCCGAAGACGCCGUCAAGGACUUUGACGGCAAGAACUUCAUGGGCGAGCGCAUCCUAGUUCAGCACGCAAAGAGCGGCGAGCGUCGCCGUGAGCCUGCUGGCUAUGGAGGCGACUCGUACGGCCGCGUUGGUGCUGGCGGCAGCAGCUACGGCAGGGACGCGCCGUCCUCCCGCUACGGCGGCGGUGCCCCUCCCCCGCGCCGUGAGCCCCGUCUGCGUCGUGGCCAGUUCCGCUGCGUCGUCUCCAACCUGCCCCCCAACACCAGCUGGCAGGACGUCAAGGACAUCGGCCGUGAGCACGGCACCGUCACUUUCGCCGACGUUGAUGCUGCGCGCCCCGACGAAGGUGUGAUCGAGUACGACAACCGUGACGACUACGAGCGUGCCCUCGACAAGAUCGAAGGUACCGAGCUGCGAGGCUACAAGUUGCGCAUCGACCCCGCUCGUCCUCCUCGUGAUGAACGCGACCGCAGCCCGCCUCCUCGUCGUCGCGAUGACAGCCCUCCUCCUCGUCGACGUGACGACAGCCGUGAGCCUCGUGACCGCGAGGACAGCCGCGAGCCCGUCCCCGAGCGCAACGGUCGCUACGACAGCCGAAGCCCUCUUCCUCCCCGUGAUGACGACGACGUCCCUCGCCCUCGCGAUGACUAG